GUAAAAGAAGAGGGAGAGCGAAAUUUCCCGACCAAAAAACCCUUGCUUUCUCUUUGCUACGACCCUGAAAUCUCUCUCUGUUUCAUCCUCCGAUUCCAUCUCCUUUAUCUUGUCUGAUCCAACAACUUGGAUUUUGAAGCCUCCAUUUAUAUGGUUUCUUUUCCUCUAAAAAUCCUUUUUCCGUUUCUGCAGAGACUAUUUUGACUCCGGAUCUUGAAUUCGAGGAGUUAACUUUGUCGAUAUCUAGGGUUUCAAGGAUUUCCAUUUUAGAAUAGAAUAAAGAAGGUAAAUUUACGGUUUUGAAGAUCGGGAAAAUGGAUCUUCCCCAAGAAAUGGGCGACUACAUCAAAGAGUCGAUUGACUGUGCGUUAGGUCUCUCAGUUUCUGAGAAGACAUUACAUUUGAAGCUACGAGCGUCUGAAGAGGCGCGGAAAAGGAUCCAGGAUCAAUACUUCUACCUUCAUGACAGGUUGAAGGAAAAAGAUGAAGUAAUCGAGAGAGCUAAGGCUGAAGCUAGUAUGAACGCUCAAGCUUUGAAGAAGUUCGUUGAGGAGAACCAAAAAUUGGCGAUCGAGUGCGCCAACCUUUUGAGUCAGUGUUCAAGGUGGGAGAAGGAAUGCUCACUGUAUGACCGUGAUAGGGAGGCGUUGAUGGAGUUCGGCAAUGAAGCUGAUGAAAGGGCUAAGGAGGCUGAAAUUCGCGUCCUUGAAGUAGAGGAUGAGUUGAGGAGAGUUGCAGAGGAGUUACAAUUCUACAAACAUGAGUACGAGACCCUCGUGUGUAAUGAAGCAAGGGCAAGUGAAGAAUUACAACUAUUAAGAGAGAGAAUCCGUGAUCUAGAGCGUGUCAGGUUUGGGGAAUGUGACAAUAAUCAUUAUCCUUGUAGCCAAUGUUCUUCAUCAAAUACAGAAGACCAAAAGUCACAACCACAUAUACUAAUUUCUAAACCUGCUCAUAAUACAGGGUUUGGGUCAACUUUGGAAUGUCAAUUGCUUGAAUCAGUGGUAGCCUCGUUGGUUGACAAAGAUGCAGUUGCAGCUAAUGCACGUGCUUUCUUGGAGGCAAAUAAUGGAGUUGAAUCAUGCCAAAAAUUGCUUAAGAUGUGGGAAUGGCUGAAUCCAUCAACUCAAAACAUUAUAUCAUUAGCUGCUGAAGUCAAGACAUUGCAGAAGGACAAAGAACAUCUAAAGGUUAACCUUCACAGAGCUGAAGAGGAAGUAAAAGUGUUCUGUGAAGAAAAUUGUAUCUUGGAUGAAGAGAACAAAAGGCUGAUGAGGCUGUUGAAUAGAGAAAGGAAUCAUCAAGGAUCUGGUGGCAAACAUACAUGUAGUGCUUCUGCCAAGGGAAAUAAACGAAAAUCUAGUCCCAAGAUCUGUGCAGUCGAGAAGAUGAAUGAUCUUAAUGGACCAGAUUCGCCAAGACAACCUCUGUCACCUCUCUAUCACAACUCUCCUGAUUCAAGAAUGCAUAAGAAGUAGAUGAACAUUCUCAGGGAAGAAAUUCCUACUUGUGUUCUUUUCUCUCUAUUUUUUCUUGUAUUCAGAGUGGUGUUACUGCUCCUUGGUAGCACUCCAAUUGGACUUCAGUUUGCAUUUACAUUCUUUAAGAUCUAAUUUUCUUUUGUAAUUGUCAGAUCCAUACUGAUAUGGAUUGAAAAAUGGAUGUAAUUGUCAAAUCCAAAGUGAUUACUGUGCUAGCCUUCAUGAAUUGGUGUGCACAUGGAAAAGUUCUAGUUUUGGAUCACUGUCUUGUACUUGGAAUUUUUUUUAAAUGCUUAAUGCCCUAGAGACGGUUUCUAGUCAA